GAAAGAAGAAAGAAGGAAAGAAGAAAGAAGAAGGAAGGAAGAAAGAAAGAAGAAAGAAAGAAGAAAGAAAGAAGUAAGAAAGAAGAAAGAAAGAAGAAAGAAAUAAGAGAGAAAGAAAGAAGAAAGAAAGAAGAAAGAAAGAAGAAAGAAGAAAGAAAGAAAGAAAGUAGAAGGAAAGAAAGAAAAAAGAAAGAAGAAAGUAGGAAAGAAGAAAGAAAGAAGAACGAAGGAAGAAAGAAAGAAGAAAGAAAGUAGAAUGAAAAAAGAAAGAAAGAAAGAAGAAAGAAAGAAGAAAGAAAGAAAGAUGUAAGAAAGAAGAAAGAAAGAAGAAAGAAAGAAGAAAGAAAGAAAGAAACAAGAAAGAAAGAGAAGAAAGAAGAGAGAAAGGAAGAAGAAAUAAAGAAGAAAGGAAGAAGAAAGAAAGAAGAAAGAAAGAAAGAAGAAAGAAAGAAAGAAAGAAGAAAAAAAGAAAGAAGAAAUGAAAGAAGAAAGAAAGAAAGAAGAAAGAAAGAAGAGAGAAAGAAGAAAGAAAGAAAGAAAGAAAAAAAAAGAAGAAAGACAGAAAGGAGAAAGAAAGAAGAGAGAAAGAGGAAAGAAAGAAGAAAGAAAGAAGAAAGAAAGAAGAAGGAAGAAGAAAGAAAGAAUAGAGAAAGAAAGAAGAAAGAAAGAAGAAAGAUAGAAGAAAGAAAGAAGAAAGAAAGAAGAAGAAAGAAAGAAGAAAGAAAGAAAGAUGAAAGAAAGAAGAAAGAUAGAAGAAAGAAAGAAGAAAGAAAGUAAGAAGAAAGAAAGAAGAAACAAAGAAGAAAGGAAGAAGAAAGAAAGAAGAAAGAUAGAAGAAAGAAAGUAGAAAGAAAAAAGAAAGAAAGAAGAAUGAAAGAAGAAAGAAAGAAGAAAGAAGGAAGAGAGAAAGAAGAAAGAAAGAAACAAGAAAGAAAGAAAGAAGAAAGAAAGAAGAGAGAAAGAAGAAAGAAAGAAAGUAGAAGGAAGGAAAGAAGAAGGAAGAACGAAAGAAGAAAGAAGAAAGAAAGAAGAAAGAAAGAAGAAAGAAAGAAGAAAGAAAGAAGAAAGAAAGAAGAAAGGAAGAAGAAAGAAAGAAGAAAGAAAGAAGAAAGAAAGAAGAAAGGAAGAAGAAAGAAAGAAGAAAGAAAGAAGAAAGAAAGAAGAAAGAAAGUAAGAAUAGAGAAACAAGAAAGAAAGAAGAAAGAAAGAAAGAAGACAGAAAGAAGAAAGGAAGAAGAAAGAAAGAAGAAAGAAAGAAGAAAGAAA